AUGGCAGAUGAAGCCCUGAACGGCUCACCUUCUGGGCCCCUCUUCCUUGGCAUCGAUGCAGGCAUCCAGCGAGUCGCACUACUUCAGCAGCUUCUAGAUGUCGACAGCAAGGCUAUGACGGACAUCCGGGCAAUCCUGGACGAAACGGCUCCGUUCGGCUCUGCUGUGGACGAUCUCCUCGCCAAGGUCGACCACAUGAAGAGGGUGCUGACAUUGGUGGGCCAGCAGAAGCUGAAGGAGCACACCUGCUGGUUCUGCAUCAGAGCAAUAGGUAGCAAUUCCACGGGAGAGGUCGGACUCCUGAACGAGCUGAAGCUGGCCCUACAGACAUCCUCGGCAGACGCCAUGCAGUCCAUCCGGGAGACAACCUCUGCCACACUCACCGGGCAGCGCCUGGCCGAUGUCGCUGCGGCGGCUGGCCGCGGUCGGAAUGCCUUGGAGGUCUUCAAGCAGGCCACUGCCGGAAGCUUUGUGGAGACUUUUCUGUCGUACCGGUACACCCUGCAGACGAUUGAGGACGCCCGGCACACAGCCUUCCUUGCCUUGUCUGGCUUCACCGCAGUCCUGGUGCUGUUGGCCACGCCCGGGUCGAUCGUCUACGCCCGGCGGUCCAAGGCGACGUAUCCGAGUGCCUCCCCUUCCUGCGCUUCCUGGUUUUGCAGCUUCUGCGCUCUGACCUGCGGACUCCUCUUCGCUGGGGGGUUACUGCUGGUGGCGAUCCCAAUGUCCGAACUUUGCCAUUUCUGGCGCUACGAUUUGCUCACGCAUGGGGGCAUCUCCGACUACUACAGGCAGAUUGGCCUCUACAAUGAAGCCGACCUGGCACGGCACAUCGAUCCAUACGCCACUGAUGUGUUUCGCACAUGCUUCACGGGCAAUGGCACUGGCAACAUCAUUGGGGCCCUGCAGCUGCAGGACCCUCUGAGCUUCCAGCAGGUACUGGAUGAGAAGUUCAUCGAGCUGGAAGACAAGCAGGCAGCAAUGGUCGUGGACACCGCGCGCUAUGAGCUUUUGGUCUCCCAGGCCACACUCUUCGGGGGCCUCUUCCUCUUGGAGCCUGACCAACCCCUCGCUUUGGAUCCGGCCUGGGCCUCCAAGCUCCUUGGGAGCUCCCUGGAUCCAGAUGACCAGGUUGGACCUGACGGUGAGUCGCUGAUCUAUGGCCUCAACACGCCGCAUGUCGUUGACAUCGGGGGGGAAGGGAGGUAUGCCUUUGAGCACGGCACCUCAGGCGGCGGGAUUCUGAUCACCGCCACAGAGCCCUCAGAGGCAUCAGUCAGCAACCUCCCUCUCCGAACGCAGAAUGCACUGGCCUAUGCUCGACUCAAGGAGCAGGUUCUUUCGGAGGAUCGCCUGCUGCGCUGCGAUGUAAUGGACGGCAACUAUGUGGUUACCGAGCGCUUCUGCGCCUACGAGGAUUUCAAGGUGCAUGUCCGAGACAUGGCGGAGCAGGUGCGCGCUGCUGGGAUGGUGCUGAGCACGCAGGCCAAUGCCGCGAAAGAGUUACUUGCCACUGACCUGAAAAGCACCUUGCAGAGCAUCCUCAUGGAGGUGCAGCAGCUCAGGACACUCCUUGGGUGCCGCUUCCUUUGGAGACGAUGGGAAGACUUCGACUUUACGCUUUGCAACGUGGCCCUGCCAAAUGCCAUCGAGUGUACGGUCGCCUCGCUCGUGCUGGCAGUGGCUGCUUUGCUUCUGGCGUUCGUCCACUACAAAAUGUGGCGGCACUUGCUGGACAACAAGGUCGUCGGCGAGGAACUGGAGAAGUUCUCCAAGAAGUAUGGCUACUUGAAGACAAGGAAGUGA